AACGAGAACAGUUGCGCCACCAGAUGGACACUGCUUCAUCCUCGACGAUGAGGAGGAGUCGAUCUCUAGGUGGAUACGGAGGUAGGGGUCGCGGAGCACUUGGCCCCAAGCCCGCUUUGCUUGAAACGACGUCAACAAUUAUAAGAACACUUAGUCCUCCUCGCGGUCUGUUUCUCAUGCCACCACAGAAACUACAACUAAAGAGUUCAAGUUCUACGGUGGCACACGGACACCAGGAGACACCACUUGCACUUGAAGAACAAGCAUCUCAAUGUCUGUAUCCACCAGCAAUAGCCUUCCAACAACGCAACGCGAGUAAUGCAUCUACAGCAGCGCCUCCACCGGAAGCAUCACCUGUAGAAACUGCGAUGGACACCGCGAUGGACAGUCCUCUGGAACAACAACAGUUCUAUUUGCAGCAAAUACAGCAAACGAAUGCGGAGCUCAGCGUUGAAGUGGGAGGUGGAGAAGUAGGUCCACGAGGAAGACUAGGACAGCGCGUCCAGCUUUUUCCCCCACCCACGUUGCUGUCUACUACGACAUCAGGUGGCUUCCGGUCUGGCGGCAGUUCAGUCAACUUGAGCCGUGUCAACUCAUGGGUACCGUAUCAACAUCAGCAACAUCAGCACGCGAGCAUGUCCUCGGCUCAACAGCAACAUCAUCAAAAUCAGAUGCAACUGCAGCAGUAUGAAAAUCAACUGAGGGGACAAAAGCAGGUGUCUCACACUAAGAAAGUAGACUCACAACUACCACCUCCGUGCAUGGGAAGCCCCACCAGAAGUCUAGAUCUUGCCUUGAAACUACUGAAGA